AUGGUGCACGCACCCGCAUCUGUCGUGACGCCUCCUGUCGCGCCGUCAACACCAUUCCCCAGCGCGAUCAAUCCGGAAAGCCAGCCAACGGUGCAAGCCCCGCCAGACCCUAGAGAAGCAUUAGUUGUCGGUUUGGACUCUCGGGCGCGAACAGACGGCCCAUCGUUGAACGCGGUUGCCGGUGGUUUAGGGCGUGCGGUGAAUGGUGGAGCGGGGAUGAAUGCAAGCGCGCGUGCACAUUCACCGCCAAUAUGGAAUGUGAACUCCCUGUUGCCAGGAAACCCCGACGUCCACAUCCGCACCCCCGCGCAACCGGCUGUAGCGGACGCGACUGGUGUAGGUGGGCAACCACAUGCGAACGCGGGGAACGCUGGGCGUGGAGCGGGUGCAGGAGGAAACGCGGGAAGGGGAAGAGGGACUGGUGCGAGAUGGAACGCGGGAAGAGGCACUGGUGCGAGAGGGAACGCGGGAAUAGGGACUGGUGCGAGAGGGAACGCGGGAAUAGGGACUGGUGCGAGAGGGAACGCGGGAAGAGGGACAGGGGAGAGAGGGAACGCGGCUAGAGGGAGAGGUGCGAGAGGAAGGAGUGUGAGAGUGAGCGCAGGAUGUGGGACAGGUGUGGGAUCGAACGGGGAUAGUGCGAACGGGCAGGGAGCGCAUGGGGUGACUGGUAACGGCGGCAGGGGUACCGGUUACGGGCGUAUAAGGAGGCGGCGAGUCGAUGUCGUGCCGCACACGGCACGCAACGGCUCCCGGGAGGGGAGCGAGGGGGCAAGCGACGAGGAUGACGAGGACGACGAUGACGAUGCGGACGUUAGUUGGAAUGACGAUGACGAAAACUACCUAUCGAACUCGCUGUCCGCGCUCAACGAGGAGGAGGCGGAAGACAACGAACGGGUGCGGGGUACGCGGAGGGACAUUGAGGCCACGCUGAAGAAGUAUCGCGGUUGGGCCAACGAGUACAAGCAGUUCAUGGCUCACGAGCUGCCUAAAUUGGACGCGGGUAGGUUUGGUGAGGAGGCCGCGUUGAGAAACGCGAACCCCGACGAGAUAGGGGCCGCGCUUGAACAGAACAUGGGUGGUGACUGGAAGCUGGCGGAGGGCGACGAGCAGUGGUUCCACGGCCCUGAGACGAAUCCGUGGCGCUUACGCAAAUACGUCACCUUCCUCGCGAACGAGACAGUCGCGCAGGCGAACAGGAUGGCCACACUCAAGCGGCCAUAG